AUGAAGAAGCUACAAAAGAAAGAAUUAAGUGAAACUGAUCAAACUGUUGCAAUUACAGUGGAUAAAAUUUUUCAAGUUUUAGACCAUGAAUCUAUGUUUGAAAAUAAUAAUAAAGAUGGUGAUACUGCCAAAUUAAAAGUAAGUAAUAUAAGCCAUUAUCAACCUCAUAGUAAGUUGUUUCUUGUACUUACAUAUAAAAAAAAUAAUCAAUAG